AUGGAAAUUCUACAGAUCGAAACGGAGGUGCUGCCCGCAGCGGUGGUCGACGUUCCCGAGCGUCUGAAUCUUGGCAGAUCCAACCUCAACUUUGAUGGGCUGCUCAAGGGCGACGGACUCAAGAUUGAGGAAGACGGAGGGGCGGCAGGCUGUGGCGGCAAGCUGUGGCCCGCUGGCGAAAUGCUGGCCUACUAUCUGCUACGGAAAGGCAUUCAGUCCUAUCCCCGAGUGCUGGAAAUUGGCUCAGGUACAGGUCUGACUGGACUGGCAAUAGCCCUCUCGGAAUCAGCCCCUCCUAAUCUCAAGGUAUGGGUCACAGAUCAAGAAAACAUGAUUCCCCUGAUGAACCAGAACAUUGAGCUCAACAACCUUCAGGACAAGGUCGUCGCUGAGGUGCUUGAUUGGGGUGAGGAGCUGCCCGAGUUCCUUGAGGGACAGCCCGUCGACCUGGUCCUUGCUGCUGACUGUGUCUACCUUGAGUCGGCCUUUCCUCUGCUGGAAAAAACUCUCAUUGAUCUGUCCAACAAGGACACCAAGAUUCUCAUGAGCUACAAGAAGCGAAGAAAGGCCGACUCGCGCUUCUUUAAGAGCGUCAAGAAGCACUUUACCAUUGUGGAAAUCUCCGACUUUGAGGAGCACGCCCGGUUCAAGAAGGACGGAGUAACCCUCAUGGAGCUCAAGAAGAAGACAAAGUGA